UAGAUAUAAUCGAUCAGGAAACUAGUUUGUGUUUUCCCCAUCGUCCGGUCAAGAGGAGACCAUGAAGAUCCGGCAUGUGCUCACGCAAUCCGUCACCUUCCUCGUUAUGGUCGUCGCACUGUUGGUGCUGGUGCCCGAGGGACUGAUGCUAGUGACGGGUGUCAAGGCACCGGCGAUGGCGGUUUUGUCGGAAAGUAUGGAGCCUGGAAUUAAAAAGGGCGAUAUGGUGUUUGUGCACAACAAGAGCAAUCAACCUUUCCACGUAGGGGAGAUCAUUCUUUUCAAAGUUGAUGGCUUCGAACUUCCGGUUGUCCAUCGUGUGAUCGAGGUUCACAAGCACCCGGAUACAGGAGAAAUUCAAGUACUCACCAAAGGAGACAACAAUUCAGUGGACGAUCGAUUUCUCUAUCCGAUUGGGCAGCAAUGGCUUCAGCCGCACGACAUUAUUGGACGGGUUGCGGGACAUCUCUCAUAUGUUGGAUGGCCUAGUGUCUUCAUCAGCGAAGCUUAUAUGAUGUUGCCGAAUGGUCGAAGCACUACAACUCCAGAAAUACACUUGGUCACAAUGUAACCGUGGCAGAUUUUUGUGGGUUGCCGUCAAAGUGUCCUGUUCGUAAUCAAGGAAUGCAUCAAGCAAUCGAGGAGUAUGUAAAAUACACAUCAUUACCAUAGUUAAUAGAGCUCUGUCACUUUUAUUGAAGUCAAUUCUGUA